AUGUUCCGCUGGUCAGAGAGCCACAAAGACGCCGAGAACAACUGGGCAAGAACAGGGCAAGACGAGAACAGGGCAAGACGAGAACAGAGCAAGACGAGAACAGAGCAAGACGAGAACAGAACAAGACGAGAACAGGACAAGACAAGAACAGGACAAGACGAGAACAGAGCAAGACGAGAACAGAGCAAGACGAGAACAGAACAAGACGAGAACAGGACAAGACGAGAACAGGACAAGACGAGAACAGAGCAAGACGAGAACAGAACAAGACGAGAACAGGACAAGACGAGAACAGGACAAGACGAGAACAGGGCAAGACGAGAACAGGACAAGACGAGAACAGGACAAGACGAGAACAGGACAAGACGAGAACAGGGCAAGACUAGAACAGGGCAAGACGAGAACAGGGCAAAAAUGAGGACAAGACGAGGAACAGACAAGACGAGAACAGGACAAGACGAGAACAGGACAAGAUGA